CUUUAUUUUCUUUUUCUUUUUUUCCUCCGGGGGGGUUCCAUCACCUCAUCCCGGACCGUCGACGUCUCCUCGCGCGCGCACAUCAGAUCAGAGGCCAGACGACAUAGCCUUAGGAGGCCACACGAGGUGACAGCACGGCCUCAACGAUACAAAAAGACGUCAAGUACCGCCGCCGGUUGCAGUCGAGACUGCGGGUUGCCAGUCUCUUUUCAACGGAAAUAACCCAACAACAAUGAGGUACUCAACUGCCUGUUCGGCAUGUCGCGCGCGACGGCGCAAGUGCGAGGUGCCCGUCGGCGGCGGCCAGUGCACGUACUGCGCGACGCAGAACAUCGCCUGCUCCCGCGCCGGCUCCAUCAUCCAACCCAAGGCCACGCCCAUCAGUCCCGUCUCAGCGACGAGUAUGACGCCAAAGACGCCCACCGUCACCGAGAUCAUGAUCGCCACCCCGCCCGGAAUCACGCCCUCGGCCGCCGUCGCCGACAAGGCCCUCUGCUUCGAGCUCGUGGAGCUGUACUUCAAGUACAUCCACGACCAGCUCCAUUCUCUCUUCCACAGGCCCAGCUUCAUGCUGGAUCUCCACGAAGGCACCGCUCCGCUGGUGCUAGUGUACGGCAUGAUGGCCUUGUCAGCAAGGUUCUCCUCGAACCCCAUUUUCAACGGAAUCUCCCCCAUCUCAAGAGGGGAGCUCUUCGCAAACGAGGGAAACCUGCUGCUUAACCUGCGGGACGUAUCUCUUACCAGCAUCCAAGCCUGUGUUCUCCUCGGCGCAUACUCCAUUGUCGAGGGCGAGGCCGGCGCCGAGACCGUCUUCUACUCGGCGGCGUGCAGGAUAGCCAAUUACCAGGAUCUGCCCAACCUGCCGACCCCUGACCCGCUGCAGCGGGAGAUUCACAUCAGAGUGUACUGGUCGCUCUGCAUGAUUGAUGUUUGGUCCUCCACCGGCGUCAACCUCCCGCGCCUCAUGAACCGCCGGAUGGACGUCCCGCUACCCAUGAACGAAUCGACGUUUCUCAACAUGACGCGCGCCACCAACAACCACUUCGACUUCAUCCUAUCCCCCAAUCGGGAGGACUCGCUGAUCGCCCAGAUGAUCAAGCUGAACAGCAUCCUGAUGAGGGUCAAUGACGCCAUCAAGAGCCUCACGUCGGAUGUCGACGUCACCAACAUCGACGAGACCGUAUCGCAGCUGUCGCAGGAGCUGGAGGCCUGGGAGGUCGAGCUGCCCCCGAGCCUCCGCGACACACCGAGCAACCUGCACUCCUUCGCCUCCCAGGGCCUGGGCCGCAUCUUCAUCGCCGUGCACACGGGCCACUACCACUACAGCCAGCUGCUCUACUACCAGUACCUCGACGAGGUCCAGCGCUUCCCCACGUCGCCGACGGCCCAGAUGUUCGCCCGCAAGUGCAAGGAGAACGCCAUCUCCAUGUCGCGCAUCAUCGACCUCGCCAACACGACGCCCGGCUGCGACGCCAAGUUCAACAUGCUCGGGCACAUCAUCGUCAUCACGUCGUCCAUCUUCAUCCACACGCUGCUCUUCGAGACGGACGAGGCCGAGAUCGCCAACGCCCGCGCCACCCUCGAGCGCCACUUCAACACCCUCGUCGCCCUGCGCGUCUACUGGCCCGCCCUCGAGGUCUGCUUCGCCCGCCUGAGGACCUUCCACGAGCUGUGCCGCAAGAGCAUGAACACGAGCUACCGGAUGGACCGCUGGAUGCUCCGGUUCCUGACCGAGUUCGCGCGGCCGAUUGACGAGAAGGAGCGGGAUGAAGACGGGCUCAUGGACCUCGACCGCUGGAGCGUGGGUAACAUCGGCAUCAGCCCGGAGAACUGGGCGUGAUGAGGCGAGCAGUUUCGUCCAUGUGGUGUGAUGCCCACCCCACUAAUAGGCGACAAAAUUGGUCAGAGGACCUCGUGAUACCCAGAUGGCAGUGCGUCUCGUUACAGACCUCGAGCCGCAGCCAUCGCCCGCGCAAGAGGACACGGUUACAGUGAACUACAUUCUCGGCAUCACGUAGCGGCGAGAGAAAGACCAAAGUCUUCAGGUGACACACACCCUCGAGUUGCCUUAACCGCGCCGCCACCUUCAUACCUGAACUGGGAUUCUUUCGGAUCCAACCGGUGAAGGGAUAUUGACAGCCCCAGUCGAAGGAUUGGCAAGCCCUAACGACUGACAGGGUUGGGCCGUAGAUUUCAGGGCCUGCCCGACGGCGCCGAAAACGAGAUCUACGCCGGUACGACAGUCGAAGAGCUGGAGCAGUGUGCACUGGAGGUGUUGGAUUGGCAGUCUACUUAAUCUUCUAGGCUUCUGAAUCUGCCUUUCGCGUCCGGGGUUCAAAGCCAACACUGUAGAAACUUGACGGACUCCUCCCCGUGUUUACAAACACAUAGUUCGUAACCGCGGAGACGUCUUUCUUGUCAUUGCGCUGGUCUUUUGUGACUUUCCAGUUGCGCAUGGAGUUGAGGUGUCACUGAAGCACACCCACAACCAGCAUAUACAUGUAUAUAUACACACAUACGCCUGAGGUAUAACCGACUCGGGAUCCAUGAACCAAAGCAAAGCGAGCAAUUGCUCGUGUUGGCCCUACGCAUCUUAUUCCUUUCAAAGAC